GACUGUUCGUACUACCCCUCGAAGCGCUUCAGGUGCGUCGUCAUGCAGUUCAGCCACCUCCUAUAGUCUGCACCAAUCCGGUUCUUGCUCAUCUAACACGCCCUUUGACUUUGGAGGAACACUUGGUGGCGACUAUGUUGCUGCAACUGGUU